UAAUAUCUGUAGAUAAAUGUGCUCUCACUUACGGUCACUUUCCCAUUAACACUCCGCUCGCUGCCGCUUCAGCCAAACCCUAGCCUCGUCCAGAGCACAGCAGCCAUGAAGUACAAUCCGCGAGUUUCGUCGUCUCGCCGCAAGAGCCGGAAGGCACACUUCACGGCUCCCUCAAGCGUGCGCCGCGUCAUUAUGAGUGCGCCGCUCUCCGCCGACCUCCGCCAGAAGUACAACGUCCGAUCCAUGCCUGUCCGCAAGGACGACGAGGUCCAGGUUGUCCGUGGAACCUACAAGGGCCGCGAGGGCAAAGUCGUCCAAGUGUACCGUCGUAAGUGGGUGAUCCACAUCGAGCGCAUCACUCGCGAGAAGGUUAACGGUUCGACAGUGAACGUCGGAAUUAAACCUUCGAAGGUUGUCAUCACCAAGCUCAGACUCGACAAGGACCGCAAGUCGUUACUCGACCGCAAGGCGAAGGGACGUGCCACCGCCGAUAAGGAGAAGGGGACCAAGUUCACGACGGAAGAUAUCAUGCAGAAUGUUGACUGAUUGUAGCACCGCUUGCCUCCUUUCUCGCCUUCACACCGAAAGCCCGUAAAGCAGCAAGUUUUUGCACCAUGCGAUGGUGAUCAGAUGGCACUGAUCGACGAUUUUUUCUUGUACACUUAAAUAAAGACACUCUGACCAGACAUUGUUAUUGUGGCAAGAUCACCAGUGACCUCAUUUGUUUAAAAGCAUGCGACAAUGCCAAUUUGGUCUUGCAUGAAUCUUGACACAUAUAUUACUACUAAAUAUCGAUCAGUUCUUAUGAAUCA